AUGACGGCCGGAAAUGUAUACACCGCUUGCGUCUGGCUGCGGGCCGCUGCAACCCUGGGCGGUGCAGGAACCGUAUCCUUCAGCCUCUUGACGACGAACACCUACGAGACGCUCGGCUGGGCGGGGACAAACGUUGGCACAAAUUGGACCCAGCUAUGCAUGAGGAACAUCGUCCUGAAUGUCAGUGCAGUGACGUACUAUACGCUGGACUUCGGACUCAACACGGGCUCCGUGUUUGUCGACGACAUGAAUGUAACCACCGGGGCGAUGCCGUCACCGUCACCGCCUCCGUCGCCAUCCCCGAUUGCCGCUCCCCCCGGCGACUCCCUGGUUCUGAUCAACACCUCGUUCGAGGCGGGUCAGCAGUCCUGGUCGACACUAGUUCGCAACUGGGCCUGUCCCUGCCCCCAGGCCACGUUUGACUUUGCAAGCUCAGCGGCCGCGUACACGGGAAGCAAGGGCGUCGAAGUCAAUGUGCAGGUGCCUUCCGACCAGGGCUGGCAUGUUCAGCUUCAGAGUCCGCGCUUCAACGUGUCCAGCGGUCAGCGCUACACGGUCUGUGUGUGGCUACGGGCCGCAACGGUCCCCCUGAUGACGGGUAGCGGCAAGAUGUCCAUGAGCCUGCUGAAGACGGAAACAUACGACGGGCUUGGAUGGGCGCAAGCAACGGUUACCACGAGCUGGGCCCAGGUGUGCCUAGCGGACGUGCUGAUUUCCAUCAAUGCGACUGUGUACGUGACGAUUGAUCUGGGCACCAACACGGGCAUCUAUCACCUGGAUGACUUCACCGCCAUUAACGGGAGGAGCAGCGGCGGCAUUAGCAUUCCUGCCACUAACGGGCCCCUGACGGCGCCGUACUCGACGUCGUACGAGUCUGGCCAAGCUAACUGGAUUGGCAGCAAGAAGAAUACGUCUACGGCCUCGUUUAACUUCUCGAGCUCGGCGGCAAUGCGUACGGGAAGCAACGGUGUCGAGAUUGCCGUACAGGUGACUCCGGUUUGGAGCCAGGUGUGUGUGAUGGACUUCCGCCCCAGUCGCAACACGAGCGCGUUCUUCACUUUGGAUUUGGGUCGCUUCGUUGGAACUGUGUACGUGGACGACUUCACCUUCACGGCCAGGUCGAACUAUAACCCGGAAGAGGUGACUUAUGUGAGCUCAGCGGCCAUUGCCGACCGGAUCAACGCACACCGCAAGGGCAAUCUCACGUUUAACUUUGUAAACGGUACCACCGGCCAGCCCAUAACUCAGCCUGUGACUCGAUUGGAAGUUCGCCUGGCUCGCCACGACUUCCCAUUUGGAACGGCGAUGGAGUGGGAGAGUGUCCCUACGGAGAAGCGGAGCUGGUAUCUAGAGAGGGCCAAGUACCACUUCAACGCCCUCGUCCCGGAGUGGUCGUUCAAGUGGCCGUCUGUGGAGCCCUCUAAGAACAACACGGCCUAUCGGUACGGCAAACUGAUGUCCGACCACGUGCAGUUUGCGGCUGACAAUGACUUCGUGAUGGCACGGGGUCACACUUUGGAGUGGCUCAUUCCGAGCCCGAGCUUUGGCGACCACUGGUCUCGUCUAGAUGGGUGUGAUGCCUACCGCACCUAUUUGGAGACACGCAUCAGGCGGGAGGUCACGAACUUCAAGGGCAAGUUCAACUCGUACGACGUCUUCAAUGAGAUUAUUCACGACCGCGACUUUGUGGAGAACUGCCCGGGCAUGUGGCCGGCCAUUUUGUACGACGGUUUCCGUUGGGCCCAUGAGGCUGAUCCGACUGCUCGGUUGUGUUUGAACGACUAUGGACUCAUUACUGGGGAUGACUGGCAGGCGAUGAUCACGUACGUGUCCGGCAUGUUGCAACAAGGUGUCCCCAUCAACUGCAUCGGAGUCCAGGCCUACGUCCCCUUAACCAACCGGCCGAGCACCGCUUACAUGCGUACGAGGCUGGAGGCACUUGCGGGCCUGGGUCUCGACAUUGUCAUUACGGAGUUUAAUUUUUGGACUUCUUGGGCCUCGAGCGGCAACCCUGUGUGGGAGGGCACAGAUGCGGAGCAUGCGGCGUUGUACGAGGAAUACGUGCCGUUCUGGUUCUCGGUGCCGUACAUCAAGGGCAUUAUGAUGUGGAACUUUUGGGACGGUUCGAACUGGAUUACCAACGGCGGCAUUUAUCGCCUAGAUGGCACCCCCAAGGCCUCUGCGCUUGCCGUUGGUGACAUGUGGAACAACCGCUGGCGUACGAACGUGGCCCUCUCCAACGUGGUCUUACCCAACGGCCAAGCAACCAUCAAUGGCUUUUACGGCAAGUACAACUACACGCUUGAGCUUGAUGGCCGAGUGUUUUCCGGAGUGAUGGACUUCCCCAAGAACGCGGGCGCCCAAACGGUCACCAUUUCAUUGGCGUAA